UUGACCUUUCGGUUGAAGAACCCGUCGCUCACAUGUGAGUGGCGAUAAAUAUCUUAGUUAUAUCGUGGUUCUGCUUUUGUAAGACUUAAUUAUAGUUUUUAUAAGGCAGGCGUGCCCUGUAACUACACGGUGGUUAAGGAAAUUUUAAGUGCGUCCUGAGUUUUUGUAGUAUAAAACCAGAUCACUGAAACCCAAACUUCACAACAAUGGGCGACAUUGAAGACACACAUUUUGAGACCGGGGACUCCGGUGCCUCAGCCACCUUCCCCAUGCAAUGCUCGGCCCUCCGCAAGAACGGGUUCGUGAUGCUGAAAGGUCGCCCCUGCAAGAUUGUAGAGAUGUCCACCUCCAAGACCGGAAAACAUGGUCACGCUAAAGUGCACUUGGUCGGCAUAGAUAUAUUCAAUGGAAAGAAGUACGAGGACAUCUGUCCGUCCACUCACAACAUGGACGUGCCUCACGUCAAGCGCGAGGACUACCAGCUGACUGACAUCUCCGACGACGGCUACCUCACAUUGAUGGCGGACAACGGGGACCUGCGCGAGGACCUCAAGAUACCGGACGGAGACCUGGGCCUCCAGCUGAGGUCCGACUUCGACAGCGGCAAGGAACUGCUGUGCACCGUUCUGAAGUCUUGCGGCGAGGAGUGUGUGAUCGCGGUGAAGGCAAACACGGCUCUCGACAAAUAAAUAAAAACAGCAUUUAUAGGGAUUAUAACAAGCAUAUAAUUUUUUUACAAUCAACAACUUACAUAAAUGUAAAACAUAAUAUUAUGUAUAACUUAACGUAAAAUAUGUUCGUUUGACGCGGGCUUCACUUCUCUCCGCCGCCGCUCACACCGUUACAAAAACUGGGAACCUCUUAAAGAUUUUACUCUACAGUAAAGAAACGUUUACAUCAUUCCAAACUAUUACAAUACAUCGUCUGGCACAUGCGGUGUGAGCGGCGGCGGCGCGUCGGACAUUUUGUUUUGUUUUGUUUGUUCUGUUUUCGCUUCCGUGUCAUGUUAAGUUGCGAGCCGUCAGUUUGCGAUCUUGUAUGAGACUCGUCGGUGUCUGGUGACGGACGGGACGCCCGUACAGAAACACGGACGCCAACUCGAACUUGAUAGCCCGUGCAUUGCUAAAUUAAAUAAUAAAUACAUAUAACAGAACCGACGAAUAAGGUUAAAAAAGAAAAUACAAAAAAAUAGAAAUAAAGAAAAUUCUUAAA